UUUUUCCAUCACUGCAUCCCGCACAUCCUUUUGCUGUACUUUUUUCAUCCAUAGUGGGGAAAUAUAUCAUAAAGUCCUGUCACCAUCACGUCUCUAAACUCGGAGACAGAUACUUUUACUUUUUGAUAAACCCAUCCGUGUACCCUAUUUGCAAAGGGGUGGCGUCUCUGGGCAAGCGCCUAAUGUACAGUAGGUAACGGUACCUACAUCACGACCAGACUGCCGGGUUGGUUGCUACCUUGCCAACCUAGCCUGAAAACCCCUCCAGUCGAUAUUUUGGGGUAUAUAUCCAUAUCCACCUUGGGUCAUACUUAUCUCGAGCCUUACCUCUUCCUCAGGCCAUGUCAGCAUACAUACUCACCGGGGCUCGUCUUUUGUGACACCGGACCCGGAAGUCAGAGCAGUCUUUCCAGGGGUACAAAUCCGGGGGCAGUCUCCUUUGCUUGCUUCCUGUGGUGCACCUUUGCGCAGUACAUAGCCGAGUACCGUCUGCGCAACCAACCGGUAUCUUCCUUGGAUGGCGACCACUCGGCUCUCUGCCUUGUAGUCUGUCGCACGUUUCUACUGAACUAGCAGUAGCUACGCAGGAAGGAACUGCAUUUUGACGCUAGGACUACAUUCGGUCGGGAGAACACACCUUUGUACCGUGGAUAGAUGACGGCAGCUGCCCAUCGCACACAAUGAAGCCAUCUCAGACAUGCCUGGUGCUUUUAGGCACGCUCGCAUCGUUCGCGACGAGCCUCCUGGUGGCCCCGAACUCGCCAUGCUCAAAGCACUGCGGAAACGUGCUCUCUGCCACUACCGCCGACGACAUGGAAUGCUUUGACAAUCCCUCGGACUACCCGACCACAGCCGCUGGCAAUGUGCUUCAGAACUGCUUGACAUGCCAGGCGAGCAGCCCCUUUACCUCUGCUGGGCAGUCCGAUCUCGAGUGGCUCAUAUAUAACCUGAGAUACACACUAUCCUUCUGCCUCUUUGGCUUUCCCGACAGUGAUAAGAAACUCGGCUCAACUCCGUGUACCACAAGCACUGCUUGUGGCCCCUUUAGAGAGGCUAUUCAAUGGCAGAACCUUACCAAAGCGGCCGGACGCUACGACUUUUGCAACUCUUGGAGGGUCAACGAUUUUUCGAAAUGCCAACCGUGCCUCCAGUCCGGUCGCCACUAUGUGUUGACCAACUACAUGACCAUGCUCGACGCGGCCUGCACACAACAGCCCGCCGAAGGACGCACCAUAUCGGUCUCCGGUCCACCUUUCACGACCAAGGCCAUUCAGGCCACAACCCCGGCCCCGACCGGCUACACCUUUGUGCCCGACAACGGCCCACUCAACCUCGGCGCAAAGGUCGGCAUCGCCUUCGCCGGGGUGGCCAUCAUACUCAUCGCCGCCGGCUGCGGUAUCGUCUGUAACGGCAAGCGUAGGCGCCGCCGCUUCUUGCGCGACAUGGAAAAGCGCCAGGCGAUGGCCCAAACCCAGGGUUUUGGCGGUAGUCGCUGGCCCGGCACCCACGGGGCGGGUGGCGACAUGUUCGAGACACCAGUCAGCCAGAGACCGCUCGUUGGCGGCUGGGAGCAGUCUCCCACCUCGGCUCACACGGAUCGCACCGGUAUCUCAACUGGAUUUUCGCCAGCCAUGGAGAAGAAUGACGGCGCCGGCCCCUCCACGUUCCCGACGCGAUACUAUUCACCUUAUAGCAGCCCCAUCAGCGCCGCCGAUACCAAUGCCAUGCAACAUCACCAACAGCAGCAGCAGUGGCCGGCGAUGACUCAAGAAGCGCUGGCGGCGAUGGAGCGCGAGCGCGAACAAGAUUUGCUGCAGCAACAGCAUUACUUCAUGCAGCAGCAACAGCAGUACCAAAUCCAACAACAACGAAUGUACCAAUCACAGCAACAUCUCAGCCCGCAAGACAUAGGAGUCGCGCUGGGUGGUGAUGACCCAAGCCUGCGGUCGAAAAAGUCGGAUCUUAGCUUCGUCUCCAAAGAGUCGGACCCAGCUGCGCAACAAGUACCACCACCUCCGCAGCCGAAUCCACUCGCAAGCAACCCCUGGUCCUCUGCAGACGUCAAGGGCAAACAUCCAGCCUACCAUAGCAGCACCGAAGAGUACGAGUUGAAGGAGGUAGACAGCAACGGGACAAUGCGAGGUGUUCCUGCCGCAGCUGCGCAGCAGGCCCCGAUGCUUCAGCAUCCCGGCUUUGGUAGAUAUCCGGCGCCGGCGGCGGGGAGGAAUGAAUGGCUUUAGCGUGUAUAGUCUAUCUUGAUGCAGUCACUGAACGUUUCCAAAGUUCCUAAUACUCAAGACUUUUUUGUAAACAAGCUCAGUUCCUUACUCGCCAGAGCGCGGUACUGUGAACGUAAAAUGACUAGAACUAGCAUGAUGUAGGCCUGAAACUGCAGGGUAGUUAGUAGAGUGAGAAAAUGUCUACGUCAUAAAAGCAACAUUACGCUGUUUAUUGCACGG